AUGACUAAAUGCUGAAGGAACGCUGUUACCUUCUCACCAAAGGCAGACAACUUCCUCCUGGGUGGGAGAAAAGGAAGGACACAGGACCUGAAAAGAGCUUGGCAAUUUAUCAAGAUCAACUAGAAGUUGCAGGUUGUCGGGAUGUGGGUUCUGGGGGCUUCCUACCCUGGGAAUUACUUAUCUGAUGGCAUCUAGUCCUCUUUGUCUAGGAGGAAGCUGUCACUCCCUAGUGCUGGGUCUGCUGCUGUUCCUUCAGCUUGGCCAACAUGAAGGACAAAAUAAACAAAUCCCAGCGCAUCAGCCAUCCUUGAAAAGUACUGAUUGCUGCGAAGAUCCUGUUCAGGUUGAAAGCAGAUUUGUGGUCCUCUACUGCCUGUCAAUUCAGGGAGGAUUGGAGAUGAGAGAAUGGGAUGCAGAUUGUCUCAAUGCUACAAAUCUACCUUCGGGAUGUCAAAGGGAUGAGUUCGAGGUGAACGUUUGUGGUUUCCUGCCUAACUGCUCCACCUCUACAUGCGCAAAGCUGAAUCCUGCAAAGGGUCUGAUUUCACCGGAGGAACUCAACUGUUCUGUAACUCUUAACUGGCAGUAUGUAAUCAACUGCUGUCAUGAAACCUCCAGAGAUCAUUCUACAACAACCUCUAAAAGCAGCUGGACAAAUGCAUGCCUUGUCAUGACAAAGCUCUCCCCUGGGCAGGAAUAUAACAUGACAGUGUACAGAGUCCUGAAUGGAAGUUGUAGUCAAGAAGCAUCCAUCAACGUAACUACUAGGCCUUCGUUAGUCCAGAACCUCACAAUAGAAAACCGCACAGUGGAUUCCCUGCUGAUUGGAUGGAAGCCACCCAGAGACCCUCAAAACCACACCUACACUUAUUGUGUCUGCUUGAUCGACUGUGCCAUUAUCAAUGAAAGCCUGUUUCUUAAGGAAGGGUUGAAAGGAGGGACGAUGUACACAAUUGACGUCAGGGCCAUUAUCAAGAGCAACGUUUAUGGCAACGCGAAGACCAUGAAUGUCAUCACAGCUCCCAACAGCCCUAAGAAUAUCACUGUGGAAUGUUACAGCCCUCAUCAACUUUCCAUGGCCUGGAAGCCACCCAAAGACCCGAAUGCAACGGACUAUUUAUACAGAAUCAGCUGGUGGAGGGAAGACAGGACACAAGUGGGCAACUGCUCCAUUCCGGAUUCCAAUUACACUCUUCGCAGUUUGAAGCCAGGAGUUCUGUACCUGGUGAAGGUGAUCUCAGAUUUCAAUGGGAUUUUGAGCACAGCCGCAGAGCAGUGGACUCUAACGCCCCCACUGCCACCAACCAAUUUCCGCAUCCAGAUGAUCAAUCAAACCAUGGCUCAGUUUGCCUGGGUGAACCCGAACUCUCCAUUCAGUGCCAUUCGACUCCAGUGGAACACUUCGGAAGCCAGAGGAAAUGAAACAUUCCCCAAGUCUUUGGGCCAAGCUGUGCUGUACGGUCUCACUCCCAGCACCAAUUACACCUUCACCAUCUUCAGCACAGCUGGAAAUUCUUCCCUGUCCAGAGACAGCAUUAGCCUUCACCAGCAAGCAGCCACAAAGCCAGAACAAGUAAGUGAUUUGAAAUGCGUCCCUUUGCAACAUAGCUGGAGUCUGAAUUUAUCCUGGACCUGUCCAAGCAGCGCUGUUAGUAAAAUUGUGGUCCUUGUGUCAGACCGAGCCUGGAAAAAUGAGUCAAAUUGCAGUGAACCCGUGGUGAUUCAAGGACUUCAGCCUGCCAAAGUCUACCAAAUUAAAAUAAAAACGUUUUGGUACAACCAAUACGUAGUCUCAGACCCUGUUGAGUGCUCCAUCGAUACUACAGUGGCUCUCCUUGGAUCCCUUCUUGCGGUGCUGUUUUUCUUGGUCAUCUUUUGCUUCCUGUUCUUCGGUUUCAGGAGACUCAGAAGGACAGAUGUCUUGGAGCAGCAGAAUACAGACAUGAGCUUACCUCGAGUCCUUGGGGCAGUACCUGUGUCGGCUUUCCCACAUCAUUACUACAAGAUGCUGUCAGAUAGUGCUUUUGGCUUUGCCGUUGAAUACCAGCAACUGCAGGACAUAGGAACAGAUCAGCUCCAGAGUGUAGCCCAGCAGCAAGAAAAUCAAGCUAAGAAUCGCUAUAGCAAUGUUCUGCCAUAUGACCAUGCACGAGUCCACCUCACCCUCAAGCAAGAAGAUCCCUAUUCAGACUACAUCAAUGCCAGCUACAUACCUGGAUACAAGAAGGAAAAGGAGUUCAUUGCAGCCCAGGGUCCGACGCCUACCACACUCCAUGACUUCUGGCGCAUGAUAUGGGAACAGCGCAUCACCACCAUAGUCAUGCUCACAAAUUGUGUUGAGAACGGACGGGUGAAAUGUGAGCACUACUGGCCCUUGGAUUACACACCCUGCACCUAUGAUGAUAUUACUGUAUCUGUUAUCACAGAAACCAUCCUCUCUGAUUGGACCAUCCGUGACUUCUGUAUCAAGCGGAUAAUCAUGUCUGAAGUUCGUCACGCUAGGCAUUAUCACUACACAUCAUGGCCAGAUCAUGGAGUGCCACAAACCACGGACACCAUUCUUCAUUUCCGAGAUCUUGUCAGGGAGGACUUAGACAAAAUGAAGGAUAAUGGGCCAGUUCUGGUGCACUGCAGUGCUGGGGUGGGCCGGACAGGCACAUUUAUUUCUCUAGAUUCACUACUGUGCCAAGCCGAGGACCAAGGAGAGAUUGGUGUCUUUUCAUUUGUUGAAGAACUGAGAAGGAACCGUCCACUCAUGAUCCAGAAUGAGGACCAGUAUGUCUUCUUACACCAGUGUCUCCUGGAUGGGAUCCAGUCUGCUCCAAAGAACGGCAGGGUGAUCCUGGAGCAUCCUGCUGUCUAUGAAAACAUCUUGGCUAUGCAGGACUGUGAGGUCUCCCGGGUGUGAGAGGCUUGGCUACCUUCUGUAGCCGUGAUGGCAAACCUAUGGCACUCAAGUGGCACACAGAGCCCUCUCUGUGGGUAUACCAGCUGUCGCCCCAGC